CGGCCGUCGUCUACGCGCACGGUUGCUUUGCCAUGGAUGGCCAUCCCGACCAGGAAGAUCGUCAUUCUGGAUCCGGAGACGCCUUUCAUCGACACUCGCACAGCAGCGCCGACCACCUCGCUCUUGACUUCUCCUCCAUGAUGCACACCCAGCUCGCGGCAGGCCACCAGGCUCAGAGCAGCGAGGCUUCGGCCGCCGCUGGUGGCGCCUACGGAUCGCACGAUGACCUCUGCGUCGACCGCUGUAUGGGUGUGGGGCUCUACAACGGCUUUCAGCAGUUCAACCACCGCGGAGCUCCGACGUCCCUCCAGAACCGGUGGGCACGCGACAAUGCCGACGCCGUCUCUCGCUACGGCUUCCAAAUGGGCCUCCACGACGUGCCGAUGCAGUUCCGGCCCGCCGACCUUGCCUCUCCGGCCACCAACUUCUACCAGCAACAGUGGUACGGCCAGCAGCAGCUGACUGGGUGCGUCCCGUGUACCGACGAGGACUGCCGCUCCAUGGCCGGCAGCUGCUGCGACAGCGAGUGCACCAUGACCGACAAGUGCACCAAUGCCGCCUGCGCCGGCACCGAGGACGCCUGCACCGACCAGACUUGUCCCGAGAGGCCCCCCGGCGCGCUCCCGUCCGAGGUUGUCAGCGGCGCGGCCGCUCUCAUCUCCAUCAACCAUGCGCCAGAGGAAACACCCCAUCACCAGUUUGGUAACCUACAGCAGCCAGUCGUGAAUGGUCUGGGCUUCGGCCUAUCCAGUCCGCCCCAGCCAAACUACAUGUUACCUUCCGGCUUCUUACCGGGCCAGCUGGGCAACAUUACCAAUCAUCUGCUGGUAGCCCACGGCGACACAGCUUCGGCCGACUGCACGGGAUCGUGCCCCCUAGCCGACCCUCAGAUCUACCAGUACUGCCAUAUGCCGCUGCUCGAUGGCCCUGCCGCCUUCGGCGCCUUCAACUCCGUCGGCCCGGACUAUCAGCUAAGCAGGGGCUUCGUCGAGUGCGGAGCCCAGAUUCACGACGCCGAGUCCUUCCUCGCACAUUUCAACUCCCAGCACAGACCCUACUUCACCGCCGGCGCGCUGAACAUGCCACGUGCCUCGGUCGAAGCCCAAGACAACGACCAAGUCAUGGCCUCGACCGAGGCCAUGUCUCCCCCGGCCACGCCGCUGGACACGUCGGAUUCUGGCCGGUCGUCGGGGACACCGUCUCCUCUCACCCCCGUCUCAAACAGCGUCGAGGUUACGGACGCCAAACCAGAUAGUUCUCUUCAGUCCCGCAGUGAAUCAGUCACCUCGUCCGCCGACCACUCUUUCGAUCUUCGGGCCGAGGAGGAGCACAGGUGUCUUUGGCGCGACCAAGGGGCCUCGGAUGUCUGUGGGAAACUGUUCGCCGACGCAGAAGAGUUGUUCAAGCACGCGUCCGAGACUCACAUCAAGAAUGCCCAAAAAGGAGCUCAGGGAUUUCGUUGUGGCUGGGACGACUGCCCGCGCAGCGAACCAGGAGCUGCAGGAUUCCCCCAGCGGAGCAAGAUCGAGAGGCACAUGCAAACCCACAUCGGCCACAAGCCCCAUAUAUGUCCCACGUGCAAUAAGGGCUUCUCUGCGAAGCAGGCCCUCACCCAGCAUAUGUUCAUCCACAGCAACGAGAAACCCCUCAUAUGCAAUAUCUGCAACAAGGCAUUCCGAUACCCCAGUGCUCUCACGAUGCAUCAACGAGUUCACUCUGGUCUUAAACCUUUGAAGUGCCCCAUAUGCGGAAAGGGCUUCAGCGAGUCAUCAAACCUAUCCAAACACAAGCGCACCCAUGAGGUCAGAGGCCGCUUCACGUGCGCCGUACCAGGAUGCGAUCGAAACUUUCACCGUCAGGACCAGCUGCGACGGCAUAUGAAGACACACCAGAAGGAGGGAGAUAGUAGACAGGUGACAAGUUCGACAGCCAGCGUCGACGGCGUCUUCGAGCAACCCCCACAGAGCUGAACAAGGACCCGGCGUUUUUCC